UGAGGGUGCUGCUAAAUGAAUGUGCAGAGAGCGAGUGAGCAAAGGACAGAAAGAACGGUGGAGCGAUCUUGUGGACUAUCAAAGCCAGCGAAAGAAAGCAACGGUGUUGCCUGUGACCCACCUGAACAGCUUGAGUAAAAGAGGAGGGACCAGACACACAUUCACUCUUAAACACAAGUCGUCUCUGGGGGGGAAUAUUCAGUCGAUUGUGCACUGCCCCAAGUGGGGUAGGAAGGGAACUUUUUCCUGCAAGCACUAAUAGUUUCCCUGUUGUUUGGAUUUGUGAAGAAACAGGUGGAAAGCAGGCUAUUUUCUCUCUUCGGUUAAUCAUUGGAAACAAGAGAGAGAAUUAAGGGUUUUCUUUUAGAGAACUUUGCUGUUUGUUGUUGGGCUCUGGGACUUGGAUUGGGAAACAACAAACUAAGAGACUGAAAUGGGAGGAUGGGCGCUGCAUCUCGCUGUGGGGAUCUACGUUCUCAUGCUCGCUGUGACAGCCAGCCAUGCUAAUGAGGUGAACCACUGUACUGCUGCCGGGGCAAAAACCUGCUCAGAAUGUAUCCAGAUCGGCACAGGAUGUGCUUACUGCCCUGAUGAGAUAUUCGAGUAUGAACGUUGUGACCUGAAGGAAAACUUGGAGGCCCGUAAAUGUAGUAGACAUAUGGUAACAAUUGAGAGCAGCAGUAAAACCUUAAAGAAUGCGACUAUUAAUAAGUCACUAACGUACUCUCAGGUGGCCCCUCAGCAAAUGAGCAUGACGCUUCUCCCCGGGGAGGAGAGGGAGGUGGAGAUGGAGGUGUUUGAACCAGCCCAUGGCCCUCUGGACCUCUACAUCCUCAUGGACUUCUCACAUUCUAUGUCUGAUGAUCUGGACAAAUUGAAGAGUAUGGGAAACCAGCUGGCUCAGCUUGUUGACCAAAUCUCUGACGAUUACACCAUCGGAUUUGGCAAGUUUGUGGACAAAGUCACCGAGCCUCAGACUGACAUGAGACCAGCUAAAUUAAAAGUGCCGUGGGCCAAAGCUGACCCUCCGUUUUCAUUCCGUAAUGUCAUCACUCUCACAAAAAACAUAGACACCUUUAAACAGAAGCUUGAGCAAGAGUGCAUAUCUGGCAACCUGGAUGCCCCCGAGGGGGGGUUUGAUGCCAUCUUACAGGUUGCUGUCUGCCAGGAACAAAUUGGCUGGAGGGAUGACAGCACUCACUUGCUUGUCUUCUCCACUGAAUCAGCCUUCCAUUAUGAGGCAGACGGUGCUAAUGUGCUCGCGGGCAUCUUGGAUCGUAACGAUGAGCAAUGCCAUCUGACUUCAGAUGGAAAUUACACACAUGAUACUCGUCAAGACUACCCAUCCAUACCCACCAUAGUGCGACUCCUGAUGAAACAUAAUAUCAUCCCAAUCUUCGCCAUUACUAACCACUCCUAUUCAUACUACGAGAAACUCCAAGAAUACUUCCCUAUUGCUGAGCUAGGACUGUUACAAGAAGAUUCCUCCAACAUCUUGAACAUUUUAAAAAAUGCUUUUGAAAAUAUUCGUUCCAAGAUCAGUAUCCGUGCAGAGGACAGACCAAAGGCAGUGAAAGUCAACAUACACUCUCAGUCUGGCACUUUUUCUGAAUCUGGCAAAUAUAAAAUCACACCAGGUGAAAUUGGUAAAUUUACAGUCAGUCUGAAGGCUCUUACUCAUGUGGGAGAGCAGCAUGUUUGUAAAGCCAACCAGGCUGACCGGGCUGGAGCCUUAAGAGUCAAACCAACCACAUUUAGCUCCGCCCUCAGAAUCAAGACCGAAGUGCUCUGUCAUACAUGUGACUGCGAAAAGACUCCGGUUAAAAAUGCAGCGCUCUGUAACGGCCAAGGAGAUCUUGUCUGUGGGAAAUGCCAGUGUUCUGAUGGAUGGCAAGGCCCUUUCUGUAACUGUUCAGAGGUCUCCACGGACUCAGACAAGUGCAUCGAACCUGGGAAGAACGAGUCUUGCUCGGGCAGAGGAGACUGCAUGUGUGGGACCUGUAUGUGCUAUAACCCAUUCCAGUUUGAAGGGCCCUUCUGCCAGUUUGACAAAUCUCAGUGCCAGAGAUUUAGUGGAUUUCUCUGUAAUGAUCGUGGAAGCUGCAGUAUGGGCAGAUGUGUUUGUACACCGGGAUGGACUGGAGAUGCCUGUGAAUGCUUCAGCGGCAAAAAAUUAUGUCUGGACAGCAAAGGGGGCAUCUGUAAUGGCCUUGGUGAGUGCAAAUGUGGUCAUUGUGAGUGUGCAAAAUCUGGAAUCCCACUGAGCCCCACUUGUGAAGCAAACUUCCAGCAACUACUGGGUAUAUGUGAAGGCAAGAGGAGCUGCGUUCAGUGCCAGGCUUGGAACACCGGAGAGAGAAAAGGACGGAAAUGCAAUAAAUGUCCCUUUAAAAUCAUCAUGGUGGAAGAGCUCGAAGACAAUAACAAAGUAAUAGAGACAUGCAGUUUCCGUGACGAAGAUGAUGACUGCACAUAUCACUACACUGUGAAUUAUCCAUUAAACAUCACAGACAAAGAACACCACGUCCUAGUAAAGAAAAAGAAAGAUUGUCCACCUGCAGGUUUUCUGUGGUUGAUUCCUCUUAUUAUGUUUCUGAUGCUGUUGCUUGGUUUGCUUUUGCUCUGCUGCUGGAAAUACUGCACCUGUUGCAAGGCGUGUCUUGCUCUUCUCCCAUGCUGUGGCAGAGGUCGUAUUGUGGGAUUCACAGAAGACCACUACAUGCUACGUCAGUCUUUGUUGACCAGUGAUCAUUUGGAGACCCCAAUGGUGCGGACCGGCCCACCCAAGAGCACAGACAUUGUGCGCUGGAAAGUGAUGGACAAUGUGCAUCGAGGACCAAACCACCCACAGAACCAAAUCAAACCCAACCCCAAAGAGAUCAUUCAGUACCCUAUCUCUCUUCGUCUGAACCGGCAAUAUUCAGAAACUCUAUCCAAAGAGUCUCGGGACACAAACAAGCUCAGACAAGAAGUUGAGGACAACCUCAAUGAUGUGUUCCUGCAGAUCCCUGGCGCACAGAGAGUGCAAAAGUCUCUGUUCAGGACACAAAGAAAUUCUGGAAAGAGAAAGAACAACACAAUUGUAGACACGGUGUUAUCUGCCCCUCGUGCCAGUUACCCAGAUAUAGUGAAACUGACAGAUAAACAGGUUCAGGCUGGAAACUUCCGGGACCUGAAAGUGGUUCCAGGCUACUACACCGUAGCUACUGACAGAGAAGCGGCAGGUGCUGUAGAGUUUCAAGAGGGUGUGGAGUCAGUGGAUGUCCGAGUUCCCCUCUUUUUGAAAGAUGAGGAUGAUGAAAAGAAGGAGCUGCUUGUUCAAGCCAUUGACGUUCCAGUUGGACUUGCGAAGAUUGUCAAAGAUCAUAUCAACAUCACUGUGAUUAAGGAACAUGCUAGAAGCAUCUUUACCUUCCUGCAGCCGUCAUACACCUACAGUCGUCAGGAUGGUGUGGCAAACAUCCCGAUCAGUCGUGAGAUCAUAGAGGAUGGAUGGACACAGGUCACAUACUGCACAAAUGACCUCACUGCCAAAGACAGGAAGGACUAUAUCUCAGUUGAAGGAGACUUGAGUUAUGGACCAGGGGAAACAGAGAAGACUGUCCCAGUGAAACUCUUGGAGCUUGGCGAGGGAGAUGGAAUGCUAGAGGACAAACAAGUCAAACAGUUUGUGAUGGAUCUGAGCAACCAACGGCAAGGUGCUAAACUGGGCCGCUACCCACGCACCACUGUCACCAUCGCCGAUAAACCAGGGGAUGGGAAACUGGGUUUCCAGAAGAAUGUGAAUAAGUCACCCACAUCUCCUGGAGGACACCUCUACGCCCCAACCAACAUCAAGGCUGUUGCUUCCGGCCCUAAAAACAUCCGCCUGAACUGGAACCCCAGUGCAAAUGCCAGUGGUUACAAGGUGAAGUACUGGAUUUAUGGAGACCCUGAGGCUAAGGCUCAGGUGCUGGAUGUGAAGACUCCUCAAGCCGAGCUGACUAAUCUCUACCCAUACUGCGACUAUGAGAUGCGUGUAUGUGGCUACAAUGCACUCGGAGAGGGCAAUUACAGUGAUAUCAUUCAAUGCCAGACUCUAGAGGAUGUACCUGGUGAACCUGGUCGCUUGGCUUUCAAUGUCAUCAGCCCAACUGUCACUCAGGUCAGCUGGGCAGAGCCAGCAGAGACGAAUGGGGUCAUCACUUCAUAUGAGGUUAUCUACACACCCAUCGACGAGAACAAGAAACCUGUAGGACUUUCUAAGAAGGUAAUGAUUGACAACCCCAAAAAGCGCAUGCUGCUCAUCGAGAACCUGCAGCCUUCUCAGACCUACUGUUACAAAGUGCGUGCUCGCAAUAAGGUGGGCUGGGGCCCAUACAGAGACGCCACAAUCAACCUGGGUUCACAACCUACCAGACCCAUGUCAAUUCCCAUCAUUCCUGACAUUCCCAUUGUGGAUGCAGAAGCUGGAGAUGAAUAUGACAGCUAUCUGAUGUACAGUAAUGAAGUACUACGCCAGAGACCUAGCGUCACAGAUAUGACUGAUGGCUCACGCUGGAAGCAUGUCCAGCUAGUCGGUUCAGACCUGGAUCUCCGUAAGGUGUCCUGGAAACUGCCUGCUGACAUCAUCCCCUGCCUCCUGAGCCCGGCCACAGAUGCCAGCGAUAGUCAUGCACAGACCCUGCCUCAAGAUCAGUUUGGAAAUGGAAAGUGGGACCAGAGUUUCCUGUACCUAGGAGGAAGCGGCUCCCUUUCCCGCAAUGUCAGUUCCUCAUCAUCCACAUACAGCCAUUCCACACCCCGUCUCGGUGGAACCAAUAACAGCAGCACCACAAUGUACAUUUCUGGCAAAGGAGGUUCAACGACACACAGAUAUGAUCUUAGGGAUGGUGGACUUCUCAAAGAAGAAGUGAUUCUGAGGAAGCGUUCUGAGAACAGGCAUUACACAGACAGUGAUGGAACCAGAGAUUCUAUCGUCAUGGGAAACCUGUCUGCUGGAUUUCUGGACAACUUGGGGGUCUCUAGCUUCAGCCAGAGUACAACUGCCAGCUACAGCUUGAGCUCCAGAGCUCGUACUCAGUCUGAAGAUAUCAACGAUGCACUGCAGAACCUGGAUGGUGUUUUUCAGGACUCUCGCUUCAACCCGGGUGUCCCUGAGACUCCCAGCAGACUGGUUUUCUCUGCCCUGGGGCCCACGGCCCUGAAAGUGAGCUGGCAGGAGCCCCACUGUGAGACCGAUGUACUGGGGUACUGCAUCCUUUACCAGCUUCUCAGUGGAGAUGAGGUAAAGUGUAUUGAGGUGAACAAUCCCGCUCAGAACUCUGUGGUGGUUCAGGAUCUUCUGCCCAACCAAUCCUACAUCUUUAAAGUGAAGGCCCAGAGUCGAGAGGGCUGGGGUCCUGAGAGAGAGGGAGUCAUCACCAUUGAGUCUGCAGUCGACCCCAAGAGUCCACUGAGCCCAAUGCCAGGAUCUCCAUUCACACUCAGCACUCCCAGCGCUCCGGGACCUUUGAUCUUCACAGCUUUGAGUCCAGACACACUGCAGCUGAGCUGGGAGAAACCCCGAAAACCCAACGGGGACAUCCUGGGCUAUGUGGUUACCUGUGAACAGCUGCAUGGUGGAGGAGAUCUUCGCUCCUUCCAGGUGAAUGGCAAUGCUGCAACUUCUUUGACUGUGUCUGAUUUGAAAGAAAACAUGCUGUACAAAUUCAAAGUUCAAGCCCAGACCACACAGGGCUUUGGACCGGAGCGAGAGGGCAUCAUCACCAUCGAAUCCCAAGAUGGGGGCUCCAUGUCACAGUACAACAGUAAUUCAGUCACAAAGAGAGAGGUGUUCAGCCUACCAACAGAGAGAGAGGUGUUCAGCCUACCAACAGAGAGAGAGGUGUUCAGCCUACCAACAGAGAUUACUUCACACAACAUGUUCUCAGAACCUUUUGUGUCUUCAGAAGGUAUGAUGAUGAUGUCGGGCGGCACUAUCACGCAGCAGAUGGAGAUGGUGCAGAGAGGAGUGAUGUCCAGCAGCACCGUCACUAAAAAGGUGGAGAGACAGUACUAUUGAGCCUAAUCGAACUACCUUUUGCCUUCAGCUGAAAUCACAUGGCAGAGCAGCAGUAUAAACACAUGCUCAAAUCAAACUAGAAAAAGUUCACAGACCAAUGUGUACAAUAUAUAGUAUGAUGUUUAUGUGAGCAUGAGAACAGCAGAGUUCUUGGAUUCCUCGGAUUGUUGGACCAAAGUCUUGAUAUCUUGUUUAAUGUAAAGACUUAAACCUUUUAGUGUUAUCUUAUUGCUUCCAAACAGGUGUUGGUUUAAACUUUUGGCAUUAAAUCAUGUUUUAUGUAGUGUUCGCGAGGAAUGUUACUGAUGUUUGUGGGAUGGGAUACAGCUCUGUUGCUCAUUUGAGAUUAACUGCAUUCAUUUUGACGAGGUUUGAAGUUAGCAGGUAUCAUAUCAUGAUAUUUAUAUCAUUGACAUUGCUUUCAAGUUUCAAGAUGUAUCAAGUUUUUUGAGCAUGUAGGUUUUCUUAAAUGCAUUUCACAUAAAAUAUUGCUAUGUCUCUUGGUUUAGAGUGUAUACGUCAACUCAGUAUUUUCCCUCCUAAUUCAAUUUUCUUUUUUCUUUUUUUUACUUAAGGGUUGCAUAAAAUGUUGCAACAUGAGUGCAUACAUAUGGAUUCGAUUCUUAGGAUUGUAAAUAUGUUACUGAGGUUUGUUUUUUAUUGCCUGGUUGCAAGAUGUGCUGUUGUAACUUUAGGCCUGUGGCUGUAUUUCAGAUGACAAAGUCUGCCAGGUUUGUACACUUACUGGCAAUAUAGAAAAGAUUACCAAUCUCACACCUAUGUAAUUUCAUUUUUACUGUCUUCAAUCAUUUUUAUGGUACUUUUGUCUUGGGAACAAAUUUUUUUUUUUUAGUUUUAUAUUAAAAUUGCAUUUCACCAUCAUAUUCGUAGUAUGCAAAAGUCUCACUGAAUAUUAGUUUACCUUACCAAUAAAUCAUCUGUACCACA